GAAUGGAGGACAGCAUUUGAUCAGAGUUUUGAUUAAAACUUGAGUCAAUGGUCAAUGGCGCGAAAUCAAAUAAAUUACUUAACCUAAAUAUUUUUGUAUACAAAGAACCAUUUUCUAUUUUCUUUAUUUUAUACAAUCAAAAAUAUAACAAUGUCCGAAGAAAAUUCCACUCCAGUUCGUCGAACGGCGCGACAAAAAAAGCCCAGCUUAAAAGCCAUGGAGUCUCUGUACAUAUCCAAAUUAAAAAACUCGGGUUUUGUGGCUUCAGUAAGUAGCAGUGAUGAAUACUAUUCUAGCGACGAAUGUGCCGAAUUAUCACCUGAAAAACCGAAAUUAUUACACGAAAACGACGAAAUAUGCGGAGAAGAAAUAUUUACGUUUAAGAAAAGAAACCAGAGAGCGAGCAUGGCGUUGAAAGCUGCGGAGGUGCAAAAAACACCCCACACUGUCCGAACAAAGAUGAAAAACAAAUUAAAAGCCGUCUUUGAAGAUAGUGGAAGUGAAUUCGAGGCUCCUUCGGGGUCUGAGAGCUCGGACAGUGAUAUUUCUGAUGAAGAAACAGGUCCGGACUCUGAAAGUUCAUCUUCUGGUAAAGAAGAGUUAAAAAAACCUGUACAAGAUAUUCAAUUUAGUGAUGCCAAGGUUCAGGUAUCUUCGCGUGGAAGGAGAAUAAAGGCUAACACAAAAUACACAAUUGAUACUGAAGAAUACUUUGCAAAUACCUCAAGUAAAAUUAAAACUUCUAAUAACACGCUUGAUAAGUUAGAGACUCCAAGACUGGCACAGUACCAACUCCAAAAAUUGCUAUCUGACAUGAAACUGUCAAAAGAACACACCUGUUGCAUCAACAAACUGUCAGAAACGAACGAAAUGCAUUUUAAAAAAUGGUUAUUCGUUUUAAACCAAAACUUCAAUAUUCUUUUAUACGGAUUAGGUUCAAAGAAGAAUAUAUUGACAAAGUUUCACACAGAGUGCCUUAAAGAUAUGCCUGUUAUAGUAGUAAACGGUUUUUUUCCUACAUUAUCGAUAAAAAAUAUUUUAGAUAGUAUUAUUGUUGAUUUACUUGAACUAUCUGAAAAUCCUUCAAAUCCGAAUGAUGCCUGUGAUCUAAUUGUUAAAGAAUUCAAAAAAAUUCCACAAAGUCAUUUGUAUUUGUUGGUACAUAAUAUCGAUGGUGAAACAUUAAGGAGUCCAAAGAUUCAAUUGAUUUUAUCUCAACUCGCUGCAGUAGAAAAUAUUCAUCUCAUUGCAACAAUUGAUCAUAUUAAUGCCCCUCUAAUAUGGGACCACAGUAAACUUAGUAAAUUCAAUUUUAUUUGGUGGGAUGUCACCUCAUUUUUACCCUAUACUGAAGAAACUUCAUUUGAGAGAUCUAUGAUGGUACAACAAUCUGGAACUCUAGCGCUAUCAUCCCUGAGGAAUGUUUUCCUGUCUUUGACACAGAACUCAAAAGCUAUUUAUUUAAAAAUUGCCAAAUACCAGAUUGAAAAUUUUGGACAAUAUUAUCAAGGAAUGGCAUUCAGGGACUUGUAUAUGGCUUGUAGGGAAUCGUUUAUAGUGAGUUCGGAUUUGGCUUUGAGAGCUCAGCUGAGUGAAUUUCUGGACCAUAAAAUGGUUAAAACUAAGAGAUCGGUUGAGGAUGGAACAGAAUAUCUAAUAAUUCCUUUGGCCAAUAGUUUAUUACAGAAGUUUAUGGAGGAGAAUGCUCAAUAACUUACAAAAUACAUAUUUUUAUGGAAGUUUUUGU